UCGAAUGGACAGACUGUAGAAAGAUGGCGGCUGACAAGAGCAAUAGCCUUGGCACUCAUUCAGCUAAUAAUCGCUUCUGGUGCCCGUCCGUUCGAGGACCGGUGUUCAUAUUUAUCUGGGUCCUGUUGGCCGAGCCCGGGCGAGCCACCACACACUGGGUGGUGACGGAGGACGGCAAAAUUCAACAGCAGGUGGACUCUCCUCUAAACUUGAAACACCCCCAUCAUUUAGUUCUUUUCAUGCAGCAAGAGACUCGUGUGAACUACCUCAAGAAGUUAGAGAAGCAGCUAGUUGCUCAGAAAAUCCACAUAGAAGAGAACGAAGACCGGGAUACUGGUUUAGAGCAGCGGCACUAUAAAGAAGAUGCUGACUGUGUCACAGCUAAAGUUCCACUGGGAGACUUGGAUCUCUAUGAUGGCACUUUUAUAUCCCUGGAGAGCAAAGAUAUAAAUCCAGCGGAUUAUUUGGAUCAAAUGUCACCUCUACCUCCAGACCUGGAAAAACCUGACUGUGCAAAAAUGAUGGACCUUCCUUACAGCAUUCAUGCAUUUCAGCACCUCAGGGGUGUACAAGAGAAGGUAAACCUCACAUCACCCUUGCUUUCAAAGGAUGACCCAAUCUUCACCUCCCUGUCUCUUAAACUGGGUCAGAGCGUGGAUGAGGUUGGGCAUCGGAUACACCAGGCCUUGAUGAGAAACUCCUCUUCUUGGGUGCUUUACAACCUGGCAUCCUUUUACUGGCGGAUGAAGAAUGAACCAAGGCAAGCUGUGGACUGUGUGGUCCGUGCCCUCCAUUUUUCUCCAAGACAGCACAAAGACAUCGCUUUCGUCAAUAUGGCAAACAUACUUCACAGAGCACACUUCUCAGCUGACGCCGCUAUCCUUGCGCACGCUGCUCUGGAUCUCACCACCGAUCUGCUAACCACCCAUUAUACCCUGGGCAACAUUUACGCUAUGUUGGGGGAGUAUAAUCACUCAGUGUUGUGCUAUGAACAGGCCCUGCAGGCUCAGCCAGGCUUUGAGCAGGCCCUAAGGAGGAAACAUGCUGUCCUCUGUCAGCAGAAGCUGGAGCAGCGGCUCGAGGCUCAACACCGGUCUUUGCAGCGCACUCUGAAUGAACUGAAGGAGUACCAGAAGCAGCACGAUCAUUACCUGCAACAGCAGGAGAUGCUGGACAAACACAAGCUCAUUCAAGAGGAGCAGAUCCUACGAAACAUCAUUCACGAAACCCAGAUGGCUAAAGAAGCACAACUAGGGAACCACCAAAUGUGUCAUAUGGACCAGCAGAAGUCCACCCUGCACUGCCCUUUUGACUUGCCCGUACGAUAUCAUCGUGGAGAACUGUUUGAAAAUGUCCACUACAUUCAGUUUGGCGAGGAGGUUUCCAUAGCCAGCAGUGUUGCUCUUGUGUCUGAAUUGAGUGUGAAUGAUAGUCACAGUCCUUUGCAGUCCUACACCAUGUCCUUAGGACGUGAGCCUGCAGCCCACUGGGACAAGGAGACCACCUCCUCUGAUGAGAGUCAGAGAGUGCUGUGGCCAAAGAGGUCAGACUGUGCACAGCGAUUCUCAACGGUUCCCCCUGCUCACCUACUGCCCACCUAUUAUCUGUCCCCUGAGUCCCGCAACUUUAAGGCUUUGAAUAUCCUCUUGGACAACAAAAGUUCCCCACCACCAGCAAAAACCUUGGACUGCAGCUUCAAGAAUCAUGUCACUGCUGGAGACCCUCUGGCCUCUGUGGUCUGGGCUUUAGAAAAGGAGCUGCCUGAUCCACAUGCUGCAGAGGUAUUGCUGAAACGCAGUGGUGGAAAGAGUUUGGAGCAAACUGGAGCACUGAUCGCUCAGGCUCUGGACAAGAUGAGUGGCCCACAGUGGUUGAUGCAGAAUGAGGCAGGUUUGUUCUGGCGUGCCAAAGGAAAUGGAACACAAGCUUUUGUGUGCCUGCGUCAGGCGCUGCAUUCUGCUCCUCCCCAGCACAGAGAUAUGCCGCUGGUCAACACAGCUAACCUGCUGCUGCACUACGGCCUGCAUGAUGAGGCCUAUGAGCUGCUGCAACAGGCCCUGCAGAUCAACCACUCCGAGCCUCACACCUUGUUAAGUUUGGUCAGCGUUCACAUCUCUCAGGGAAACCUGUCUGGCGCUCUGACUGUGUUUCGUCGUGCCCUGACCCUCACAGUUCGCUGUCCCCAGUGUCGUGCCAGCCUGCCUCUAAUGCGCUGCAUCCAGUUCUAUCCCUUCCUCUACAAUCUCCAGCAACAGGCCUGCCUGUCUGGCUCUGGCUGUGAGGCAGAGGAAGACUCAGAGCUGGAGGACUGGGACUCGGGGAACAGUAACAGGCAGGAGACCUGGGACAGUGAUGCCAUGCCAGUGUCUGCUUUAGAAGACUCACUCCUUUUUGAGAAGGUGGUGGUGGACAGCAACGGCUCGGGUGAGGUGGGUUGGCAGGAGAGAGGCAGAGAUCAGAAGACAGAGGGGGUGGAGGUAGAGGAGCAGGACUGGCAGCUGAGAGAGGAGCUGAUUGGAGCAUUCGAGGGGGCUCUAGACAUGAAUGGAAAGACAGGGGACCUACGGGGCAUUCGCGUGCUGAAAAACGAUAGGGUCAUGGGGGAGAGAAAUGGAGGACCCUGCUUUGGCAACUGUGAGGAUGAUGAGGGAGCCGAAUGGAUCACAUUCCAGGUGAAACGAGUGAAAAAGCCCAAAACUGAUACCUCUGAGAGCUGGGUGGGAGAAGAUGUUCGGCAGGGUGAACCAUCUGCAAGCAACUCCAUCUUGGAGAUCAGUGGGCCCACAAUCCCCUCUCCUGGACCCUCAGAGAGAUGGAAGGACUACAGCAGUCUGGGUUGGCCAGGUCCCGAAGAAUGUCAACGCACACGUCGUGUAGACCUCACUACUGUGGCCAGUACCUGGCUCGCUGUGUCAGCCAAGAACAUAGAGUGCGCAUUGCCUGUGCAGCUGGAGUUUCGCUUACUGCUCCCUGCUGAAAACAGUAUUACAGAGCAUAUAGACUUUGCUACUCCACUUCAAGAGCCUGCGGUGGAACCAGUCUGUAACGCAAACCUCCCUGCUAGUAUGCACACACUAGACCAUCUGACUGGAGUGGCCAACCGCGGAGGCAUCCAUUACACUGGCGAGAGUCAGCUGAGAGAGGUUUUGCAGAAUCUGGGAAAAGAUAAAUUUACAACACAGUCUUUUGAGCAAGUGGGAACACGUAUUGCAAAGGUGUUGGAAAAGAAUCAGACCUCCUGGGUUCUAUCUAGUAUGGCAGCAUUGUACUGGAGGGUUAAAGGGCAGGGAAAGAGAGCCAUCGACUGCCUCCGUCAGGCUCUAAACUACGCUCCUCACCACAUGAAGGAUGUGCCCCUCAUCAGUCUUGCCAACAUCUUCCAAAAUGCGCGGCUAUUGGAGGACGCCCUGACUGUGGCGCGCAUGGCAGUGGAAAUUGCUCCUCACUUUGUGGUCAACCAUUUUACUCUGGCAAAUGUCUACAUAGCCAUGGAGGAGUUUGAGAGAGCCAUGCAGUGGUACGAGUCAACUCUAAAACUCCAGCCAGAGUUUGGACCAGCCAAAGACCGUCUGCGCACCAUCCAGUGCUACCUCCUCUCCAAGAGGGACCGGCGAGUUCCCUGAGGACACACAAACACAAAAACAUGAAAUGAACAUGCUCCUUAAUCUUAGCAAUCAGUGAGGAACAAGGUGUUUGUCUGUUUGUUGUCUUAAUUUCAUAAAUAUAAACCGUGUCAUUAAUGUCUAUAAUGUUGGGUUUCAGUUGAUCUAUGAAAUAUGGUUACCCUUUUUUCCCGAUCAUUAAGAGAAUUUUAUGAUGAUGUUUUAUGACUUAAGGGAUGUUUGUUUAUUUUUUUUAUAGAAAACAUCUUGAUAUAUUAAGGAAUAUUAUUGCUGGUAAAAAAAAGGGUCAGUUAAAUUCUGCACGUGAUUUCAGUGUGGCUGACGUUGAAUGUGUCCGAUUGUACCUUAAUGCUUUUAUUUUCCAAUAAUACAGAGUUUGUUCAUCCCCCACACAUAAUGGGUGUCUUAUGGAUUUUAUCAUUGAGAAUACCAACUGUUAAAAGAAACCCUACCCCUUUACACAUGCAUUCUCAAACUAAUUGUAAUAAUUCAGGCCGUUACAUUUGGCUGUCACUUACACUCUUAUGCUCUGAUGAUGUCUUUGUAUCUGCCAUCAAAGCAGGCUUCCUUCUGUUGCUUUUUGUUAGCUAAAAAUAUCCAAUACUGCAAACAUGUAUGGAGGACAGUUUCCACUCAUGGUGUAUUGUACUUUAAAAACAUAGUUGCUAUGGCUAACUUCGAAUAAAUCCUAAACAUCCAGGCUGUAGACAGGGACAUUGCAAGUAUUUAUAUUGAACAAAAGAUCAUCAAAAUGUGGUUUGAAUUGUAUUAACUUGAUUUUUCCCCUUCUUUUUCAUAUUUGAAAUCAGACCUUUAAUGAAGAGAAAACGCAUAAUGUCGCUUAAAAGCAAAACACUGUUUCAUUUGCUUUACUUUUCACAGCUGAACUGUUGACUUUAAAUAUCAAGAUCUGUAUUGCUCUAUAUGUAAUACUUAGGAACAUUUUUGGUGUCCGUAGUCUAUUUACAAACAUACAAGUUCCUCAGAAAUUAAAGUGGACAUGAGGUGUUGAAAGAAAUAAAAUUAUUUUACUAAACUGAACUUGAAUCACAAAUAUAAAAUGUUAAAGACAACAUUGGUUAUUUUUCAAAGGUUUUACUCAACAGUGUGAAUGAGUCACUUCAAGAAAUCUUUGACUUAGUCAACCAACAUACUUGAUGAAUAAAACUGUGAUGGAGGAUAAAAAUGUUGUAAAUGUUUUGC